UGUCCCGCAGAGGCGGCGGCGCGGGGCAGCGGUGCGGGCGGCGGCCCCGGCCCGCGGCUGCACUAUGACUCUGGAGGAGCUGCCGGGGGACCAGCGCACCGCCGGCAGGAUGGAGCAGGCGGGGGACGCGCUGGAGGAGGUGCUGAGCAAGGCGCUGAGCCAGCGGAGCCUCACCCUCGGCGUCUAUGAGGCCGCCAAGCUGCUCAACGUGGACCCCGACAACGUGGUGCUGUGUCUGCUGGCGGCCGACGAGGAGGAGGCGGGGGACGCGGCGCUGCAGAUCCACUUCACCCUCAUCCAGGCCUUCUGCUGCGAGAACGACAUCAACAUCCUGCGCGUCAGCAACCCGGCGCGGCUGGCCCAGCUGCUGCUGCCCGCCGCCGGCCCCGAGCCCCCUGCCGACCUGCACUGCGUCCUGGUCACGAACCCCCACGCCUCUCAGUGGAAGGAUCCAGCGCUGAGUCAGCUGAUGUGCUUCUGCCGGGAGAGUCGCUACAUGGACCAGUGGGUGCCAGUGAUCAACCUCCCCGAGCGGUGACCGCGCCGUGCUCCAGCUGAACCCCAUUGCACUGACGUUUUGCAAUACUUUAGCAGUUGCUCAGGAAGAACCUCCCUGUCCCAGCACCAGGAUUAAACGGGGGAGGGGGGGAGCUUAAAAAAAAAGGAAAAAAAAACAACAAAAAAAACAAACACAAAGAGAUUUAAACUGAUGUGAAGGGGGGUUGGCUGCAGUGGCACUCGGUGGUGUGUGGUGGAGCCGAGCCAGGCGGCAGCGCUGGGGCUGAGCGCGGAGCGCAGGAGCAGCGGCGGCGGCUGGGCCAGGGGUGAGCCCGGCCUGAGGCCACGGGGCAGGGGAGGGGAGGGGCUGGGCACUCCUCACCCACAACAGCCAGCUCCCUGCACGCCUGCUGCUUGGUGGUUUGGUUCGUUUCUUAAAGUGCAACUUGCCAGUUUGUGGAUGAAAUGAUACCUUUAAAGAGGCCUAAUCGAAACCUUUUACAGCCGAUUUUAUUGUAUUUUUGGGAUUGUUGACUCAAGUUUUUAUGCUAAGAUAUAUAAUAAGUUAUUUUAUGAUAUUGAUGCAAAAAAUUAUUUAUACUGGGAGGUGUGAGAACCAGAAUGCCCUUAAGCAGGUGGUCUGCAGCCACCCGGCUCUUAGCAGUUGCCUGUUAAAAGCAGCUAUGUUCAUGUAAUUGUUUGAAAUUGGGUAGUGUUUUGUUUGGGGGGUUUUUGGUUUUGUUUAUUGAAAUAAAGUUGAAACUCGAA